CUGUUUACCCAAGUCCCUUGAGGUAACCCUACCUAGUUAGUUAAUCUUGUAGGAAACCUAGUCACCUAGGAACCCCCUACAUCACCUUUUUUUCUGAGUUUUGAUGGCUGGUUUCAGGGGCCAAAUAGCCAAAUUAGGUCAUGAAACUUCUAGGACACCCUAUUUUAGGCCCUCUAAACAUAGUGGAAUGGUAGUUUGACUUCAAACCCUAUGUUGGUAGUGUACGUUUUGUAUACAUUUUCUAGUAUGGCCUAUUUUUUACAACUAGAACCCAUGUAAUUCAAAUAGAACAACUUAAAAAUGUAUCAAGAAAGAAUAGACAUCAAAUUAUAAGCCAUUUGAUGAAUCAUGUAUCAUAAAUGGUUUGUUACAAAGAGUCUCAUGUAUCAAAGUCAAUAGUAAUACAAUACAAGCAAUGAGUCACUCUAUGCCCAUCUUAGAGUCCUAGACUCCUAGGACCUAAAUGAGUUCUGGGCAGGCAUAUAACCAUUAAAUGUUUCAAGCCUGUACAACAGUGAUCUGACCAAUACAGCCAGAAAACUGAGUUUUCCAAGUUCAAAAUUCAAAUCCAAUCGAAAGUGGAGUAAUAGAUUGAAAUUUGACCUAUUAUUUCAAUCUAUUUCAUGCAGAACUUAAUAUUUAUUUUAAAAUAUUGUAACAGUUUCGACUGAAACAUCGAUGAAACUGUACAUAAUUUCAAAAAUUUAUAUCGCAGAUUGUUUUAUUUCGACAGCCUGCGAAACCGAAAUGUUUUGUGAAAUACCAGAAACCCAGUACCCUCGCUUGCUCAGAUGGAACUCCAGGUUGAGGAGUUACUUAGAAUGCUGCCAAGAUAUCCCUAAACUCGUGUGGAUGUCUCCCCAAUGUUGGAUAAGGCUCUCCUUUUCACAUGUGAUCCACAAGACGAUCCCAUCUCAUCCUAUCAGCAUGCAUGCCAUCAUUUCCGAGAUUCAAGACAAGAAUUGAUUAAACUCUUAAGAAAACAUGAUUGUGGGAGAAUUUUACACCCACAAACUGAAGUGUUGAAUUUGCCUAGAUUGCUGCCAAAACUUAGAAAUGGGUCAAAUGGUUUGUGGAAGUUGUCGCCGCCUAAUUUCUUAUCCAGUAGGAGCCAGAUAUAUUAAAUGCUCAUCCUGUCAGACUGUCAACCUAGUGCUGGAAGCACAUCAAGUUGGACAGGUUAAGUGCGGGAAUUGUUCUGUGCUGCUGAUGUACCCAUAUGGAGCUCCAUCAGUCAGGUGUUCCUCUUGCGAUUUUGUGACAGAAAUUGGAGUGCACAACCAACGACCCCCACUUUCUGUACAACAGGGCCAGCCUCCCCCACAACCAAUUUCUGUACAACAGGGCCAGUCUCCCCCACCACCAAUUUCUGUACAACAGGUGCAGCCUCCCCCACUACCAAUUUCUGUACAACAGGGCCAGUCUCCCCAACCACCAAUUUUUGUACAACAGGGCCAGCCUCUGCACCUACCAAUUUCUGUACAACAGGGCCAGUCCCCCCAACCACCAAUUUCUGUACAACAGGGCCAGCCUCCCCCACUACCAACCCCCAUUCAGUAGAGCAUAUCAGUUGGUGAAAGAGCUGGAACCAAAACUUGCAUCUCAACCUUCAUGAGUUUAUGUGCUUAAUCAUAGAAUCCGCCUAUUACUUCAUAAGCUUGGUGUACAUGCUCUUAUUAAAUAUUAGAGUAAUAAAUUUUGGUAUGGGUGGAAGUAGUUAGAAAAGGUUGGCUGUCCUAUAUGAUUUGGAUGGAAAUCUAGUUGCAUAGCAGAAGGGAUAUCAAGUAGUUUAUCACUUGGAGAGUUAUAUGGUUCAAGAACUUCACUCCCAGACAUGGUUUUGUCACUUGGACAGCUAUGACUCUUUCCCUCCCUAACCAGUGUUUUCUUAAUUCCGAAUUGCUGCCUCUGUUGAAAUUCUGUGGAGGAUGUCAAUCACUUGUGCCUUCUCUCUCUGAGUCUGGAGAGGUAUCCUUCACAAGUGUUGGCCUUCUCACAGGGCAAUCCAGCCUUUCGGCAGUGAGUGGAAAUGGGUCAAGAGAAGCUUCAGUGUCAAAUCUGCCUGCAACUCAGUGUGGAAGUUAGCCUUUUGUGCAGUCAUCUAUCACAAGUAGUUAGAAUAUCUUUGGAACCCUUUUCAUCUGAUUCUGACUUGGUUAAGUGAAACAUUUUUCCUUUUUCGAAAUCAUUAAUAUUGGGACUGAUGGGAUAGAAUUAAGUAAGUAACUGCAUUAAUGUGGUUUACCUCAUUUACCUAAGUUAGAGAUCAUGAGAUCAGAAUCUUUACUUUGAUUGUGUAGCAUGUACCAUCUGGUGGAAGACUCUUAAUUUACUUAUCAAAUUGUAUAUUAGAAAAUUUGGAAAUAUUAGUUUCUGGUAUCAAUUUUAUACAGGGAAAAUUGCAAAUAUUGGUUUCUGGUUA